UUCCUCGAUCCUGUCGACGAAGUAGAAGACCAUGCUCCCGGCUACUACGCCAUGAUCAGCAGUCCUAUGGAUCUCGCCACCAUGGCUACUAAGCUUGGGGCCGGUGCUUAUGCCGAUGCCCAGGCGUUUAAGAAGGAUUUCUAUCUCAUGAUCCAGAAUUGCCAUACGUACAACCACAGAAAUCCCAACUUCGUCAAGAAG